GCGGGGAAGCUGCGUGCCGCGGUCGGAAGGGAGGGGAGCGGAGGAAGGGAAGGGACGGGAAGGGGUGGCCGCGCCGGGCACAGCAUGGCUGCCAAGGUGGCUCUAACCAAAAGAGCUGAUCCAGCUGAGUUGAAAGCAAUAUUUUUGAAGUAUGCAAGUGUGGAGAAGAAUGGAGAAUUCUUCAUGUCUCCUAAUGACUUUGUCACACGGUACUUGAAGAUCAUUGGAGAUGGUUUGCCUAAUGCAAGCACUGUACAGCUCCUUGCAGGUGUGGUGGAUCAGACAAAAGAUGGGUUGAUAUCCUUUCAAGAGUUUGUGGCAUUUGAAUCAGUCCUGUGUGCUCCAGAUGCAUUGUUCAUAGUAGCCUUUCAGCUGUUUGACAAGACUGGCAAAGGAGAAGUUACUUUUGAGGAUGCUAAACAAGUUUUUGGCCAGACCACGAUUCAUCAGCACAUUCCUUUUAACUGGAAUUCAGAGUUUGUACAGCUGCAUUUUGGAAAGGAUAGAAAAAGACACCUAACCUACGCCGAGUUCACUCAGUUUUUACUGGAGAUACAAUUAGAACAUGCAAAACAAGCCUUUGUACAGAGAGACAGUGCUCAGUCUGGAAGAGUCACAGCCAUGGACUUCAGGGACAUUAUGGUCACCAUCCGGCCACACAUGCUGACACCAUUUGUAGAAGAAUGUCUAGUAGCUGCUGCUGGAGGUACCACUUCCCAUCAGGUCAGCUUUUCCUAUUUUAACGGAUUUAAUUCUCUCCUUAACAACAUGGAGCUCAUUAGAAAGAUCUACAGUACUCUGGCUGGAAAUAGAAAAGAUGUGGAAGUCACUAAAGAGGAGUUUGUUCUGGCAGCCCAGAAAUUUGGUCAGGUUACACCCAUGGAAGUUGACAUCUUGUUUCAGUUAGCAGAUCUUUAUGAGCCACGGGGGCGUAUGACAUUAGCUGACAUUGAGAGAAUUGCUCCUCUGGAGGAAGGGACGUUGCCCUACAACCUGGCUGAGGCUCAGAGGCAGAAAGCUUCAGGCGAUGUGUCUCGACCUGUUCUCAUCCAGAUUGCAGAAUCAGCGUACAGGUUUGCCCUUGGUUCAGUUGCUGGAGCUGUUGGAGCCACUGCAGUCUACCCAAUUGAUUUAGUGAAAACUCGCAUGCAAAACCAGCGUUCUACAGGCUCUUUUGUGGGAGAACUAAUGUAUAAAAACAGCUUUGAUUGCUUCAAGAAAGUGCUGCGUUAUGAAGGUUUCUUUGGCCUUUAUCGAGGUCUGUUACCACAGCUAUUAGGAGUAGCACCAGAGAAGGCCAUAAAACUUACUGUUAAUGAUUUUGUGAGAGAUAAGUUCAGGGCUAAAGAUGGAUCUGUCCCACUGGCUGCAGAAAUUCUUGCUGGUGGCUGUGCUGGAGGUUCUCAAGUAAUCUUUACCAAUCCACUGGAAAUUGUCAAGAUUCGAUUGCAGGUGGCUGGAGAAAUUACUACUGGUCCACGAGUUAGUGCCCUCAGUGUAUUAAGGGACUUAGGUUUCUUUGGUCUCUACAAGGGUGCUAAGGCAUGUUUUUUGCGUGACAUCCCCUUCUCUGCCAUUUACUUCCCCUGUUACGCUCAUCUGAAAGCUUCAUUUACAAAUGAAGAUGGGAGGGUUAGCCCUGGAAAUCUGCUCUUGGCUGGAUCAAUAGCUGGUAUGCCUGCAGCCUCUCUGGUCACCCCUGCAGAUGUGAUCAAAACAAGGCUCCAGGUGGCAGCCCGAGCAGGACAGACCACCUACAGUGGUGUUGUGGACUGUUUUGCCAAGAUCCUGCGGGAAGAAGGCCCAAAGGCUCUCUGGAAAGGAGCAGGAGCUCGUGUAUUUCGAUCUUCUCCUCAGUUUGGUGUAACUCUGGUGACUUACGAGCUCCUGCAGAGAUGGUUUUAUGUGGACUUUGGAGGAGUAAAACCAGCUGGAUCAGAGACAGUUCCUAAAUCUAGGAUCACGCUCCCUGCUCCUAACCCUGAUCAUGUUGGUGGUUAUAAAUUGGCAGUCGCCACUUUUGCAGGGAUUGAAAACAAGUUUGGACUUUACCUACCUCAGUUUAAGCCAUCGCCACCUACCUCAAAGGCCACUGCAGCAGUAGGACCCUAAGUUUAUUGCUGUAGGGUUUUUGUUAUUAGUUGGGAAAGAGCCACUUUUCUAAUUGGUUAAUACUUUGUUCCUUUAGCUUCUCAUCAUAUAAAAGAUUAGCUUCAUUUGAGUUUUAAGGUAAUUUUCAUCUUAAAUGGAAUCAUUUGUCUUUGUGCUUCCGUAACCAGAUCACUGUGAAAUUCUUACCAGUUGUUUUAAGUUUGGGACCAUGAAUGUAUUUGUCCACAUCUGACAUGUGCUUGUGUUGGGAAGACACUAAUUUUAGGUUCUGUUUAUUGGGGAGGGCUGGGUGAGAGCUGUGAACCAGAUCAUUUUACUGGCAAUGCUCAGUUGCAGAUUGCCAGGGCAGAUGUCACACAUCAUCACUCAAAUGGAAAACUCAGUGGAUAUCACGGUGCUCAAAGCAGAAUGAUUUGGACUGUGCGUGUAAAUUGGUUUGAAACUUGCUGCGUGUCUGUAGAGGUCAGCAAAGAUAUACCUGGUACCUAAGUCUGCCAGUACAGCUUCAGCUUUGGAAAUCACGCACAAGUUCUGUUUCUGGAUUGUAUUAUGGAGCUUUUAUGUGGAACAUGUUUUUGUAAUGGAAACCACGUUUAUAAAUGUUUAGCCGUUGUAUUAUGUUACUGGUAUCAAAAUGCUCAAAAGAAAGUGUUAUUGUCCAUAGUCUUUGCACUUUAUGGCAGAACUUUUGGCAUUCUACUACACAUACAAGGAAAUUUCAUAACUGGGUGCCUAUCUUGGGUUGCUGGUGUUUGGAAUUCAGUUUGUAUAUGCACUUCUAUAGUAAAACGCUGCUUGUUUAAAUAACUGCAAUAGAAAAUUCAUGCACUGUAUCAAUGGUACCUGCCUUAACUGCUGGCUUGUAAUUGGCAAAUAGGUGGUUUCAGAUUCUUAUUUACUUCAUUGAGUCAAAAGAGAUUAAAAUAGUCUAAAAUAAAAGAUUUUACUUAAUUUUUGGUGCCUUGCACAGUGUUUAGAAAAUUCUGUAUUUAUGAAGAUAGAAAUAAACCUUUCAAACAGA